CUGCGGUGACGCGCACGCCCUCGCUCCAGAGAGUCACCUUGGUGAAAGAUGGCGCCGGCGAACGUGGGGGAAAAAGCACGGACCUCCCCCAAAUCCAUCAAGUUCCUCUUCGGAGGCCUUGCGGGGAUGGGCGCCACCUUCUUUGUCCAGCCCCUGGACUUGGUGAAAAACCGCAUGCAGCUGAGCGGCCAAGGCGGGCGGGCCAAGGAAUACAAGACCAGCUUUCACGCCCUGACCAGUAUCCUGAAGGCUGAGGGCGUCGGAGGAAUCUACACAGGCCUAUCCGCUGGUUUACUGAGACAGGCCACAUACACGACGACUCGCCUGGGGAUCUACACCAUCCUCUUUGAGAAGCUCACCAAGCCCGAUGGGACACCGCCCAACUUCUUCCUCAAAGCGGGAAUCGGGAUGACAGCGGGCGCCAUCGGCGCCUUCGUCGGGACGCCAGCCGAGGUGUCGCUCAUCAGGAUGACCGCCGACGGCAGGUUACCUGUCAACGAACGAAGAGGGUACACCAACGUGUUCAAUGCGCUCAUUCGCAUUACUCGUGAAGAGGGGCUCUUCACACUCUGGAGGGGUUGUGUCCCGACAAUGACCCGAGCUGUUGUGGUGAAUGCAGCCCAGUUGGCAUCCUACUCUCAAUCCAAGCAAUUCCUUCUGGGGUUAGGUUAUUUCAGCGAUAACAUCCUGUGCCAUUUCUGUGCCAGUAUGAUCAGCGGCCUUGUGACAACAGCGGCCUCGAUGCCAGUGGAUAUUGCAAAAACCAGAGUUCAAAAUAUGCGAAUGAUCGAUGGAAAGCCAGAAUACAGGAAUGGAUUGGACGUUCUCAUCAGAGUCAUCCGGCAGGAGGGGUUCUUCAGCCUGUGGAAGGGUUUCACCCCGUACUACGCUCGCCUUGGGCCUCACACAGUUCUCACCUUCAUAUUUCUGGAGCAGAUGAACAAAUUUUACAAGCAAUACUUCUUGGAUCAAUAAAAUGGUGACUCCCU